CAGCAACAAAAACAGCAGCAACAAAAACAGCAACAGCCAAAACAGCAGAGGCAACAACAUGGAGAAGAAGGUGGAGAAGAAGGUGGAGAAGAAGAUGGAGAAGAAGGUAAAGAAGAAGGUAGAGAAGAAGAAACCAAAAACAUAGAAUAUAAGAACAAAGGAGAAUCAGAAUCUAAAG